AUGAAUUGUGAGUUCCUGAUCGAUUCUGGUGCCCAGGUAAACACAGUCACGGAUUCCGUAUUUGAACGGUUGAUUGCGAAUACACAAUACAGUGGAGAAUUACACAACAUUCAACAAGGAACUGACCGUCCUUUGAAGGCUUACGCAUCAUCGGAAGGCAUACAGGUCCAGUGUACCUUCGAAGCACUCCUGUACGUAUCGGAUGAUCGCCCAGUAUUAUUGGAGAAAUUCUAUGUGGUAAGAGAACUUCGCUCGCUGUUAGGCAGGGCCACAGCGAUCAGGAUUAGAUACGAUACAUCAAAACCUCCAUGCCGCAACAUCUUCAUGAAUGUUCCUGUCGCAAUGAAACAAGCAGUUGGUCAACGACUUGAUGAACUAACAGCAGCAGGGAUUAUCGAGUGCGUCAAGGAGCCGAUGAACACAUCGUUCUGCUCGUCAAUGCUAGUUGUUCCGAAGGGCCUAAGUGACUUCCGGCUAGUCAUUGAUCUCAGAGGACCCAAUCGUUAUAUACUCCGUUGCCCGUACGCUAUGCCCACCUUAGAGAAAAUUCUCGCAAAACUAGAAAGAGCAAAUUGGUUUUCGACUAUAGAUUUAUCGAGCGCAUUCUUUCACAUUGAACUACAUGAAGACUCACGACAUUUGACAAACUUUAUGACUGAGUUCGGCAUGUAUCGCUAUGCUAGAUUACCUUUUGGACUAUGCAACUCCCCGGAUAUUUUCCAAGAGGUUAUGGAGCGUACUAUUCUAGUCGGAUGCGAGGGAGUGUGCAACUAUCUGGACGACAUACUGAUUUUCGGGAGAACAAAAGAGGAACAUGAUAAGAAUCUCGAAGAAGUUCAAAACAGAUUAAGAGACCAUAACGUGAAGGUAAACUUUGAAAAAUGCAUUUUCAGUAGUCAAAAGGUCAAAUUUCUCGGGUUCGAACUAAGCGCUACUGGUUGGAGGAUUGAACAAGAGAAACUGAGCGCAAUCAAGAAUUUCAGGCGUCCUACGUCCUGUGCCGAGGUCAAAAGCUUUCUAGGGCUUAUAACUUUCGUUGACAAGUUUCUCAUUCACCGAGCCACGAAGACAGAACACUUAAGAAUCUUAGCCAAUGCUGCGGAAUUUCAUUGGACCGAUGUUGAGGAAGCCGAGUUUGUAUCCCUGCAAACCGAUAUGAUACAGGCAAUUAAUACAUUGGGGUACUUUAGUAAUUCUGACAAGACAGAACUUUUUGUCGAUGCGUCUCCAGUUGGGUUGGGGGCUGUGUUGGUGCAAUACGAUUCGAAUGAUACUCCCAGAAUAAUUGCAUGUGCUUCAAAAGCACUCACAGCAUCAGAGCGGAACUACCCUCAAUCGCACAGAGAAGCUUUGGCCGUUGUAUGGGGUAUUGAACGCUUCACGUUCUAUCUAACAGGUAGAUCUUUCAUUGUUCGAUCGGAUGCUUCCGCAAAUGAAUUCAUCUAUCAUUCCAACUUCCGCAUUGGCAAACGAGCAUUCACCAGAUCCGAAGGAUACGCGUUGAGGCUUCAACCGUAUGAUUUCAAGAUAGAGAGGGUCAGAGGAGAAGACAACGUGGCGGACGCACUGUCGAGAUUGAUUCGCGAUUCUCAAGAAGCAGAGCCUUUCGAAGGUGAAAAUGGUAGCCAUUUGUUGUGCACUUUGGAUGCAGGUUGUAUGGAGGUUACGUUAAGCGAGAUAGAAUUAAGCUCGGAACAAGACGAAGAGAUGGAGAAUCUACGGUCUGCCCUGCAACGCGACGAUUGGCCCAGUGAAUUGCGAAUGUACGAAGCACAUAAGAAGAACAUCCACUGUAUCGGAGCGUUACUGUGCAAAGGGGAUCGAAUCAUCCUACCAAAAGCGUUGAGAUCGAAAGCCAUAGAAUCAGCCCAUAGCGGACACAUUGGCGAAAUUGCCAUGAAGCGCAUAAUGAGGGAUUUUUUCUGGUGGCCAAGAAUGUGUGCUGAAACAGAGAAAUUCAUUAAAAAUUGUGAAACUUGUGCGCUGUUAUCUAAAAAAAAUCCUCCAGUACCAUUAGUAUCACGUGAGCUUCCGGAUGGGCCAUGGGAAAUUAUUCAGAUAGAUUUUCUCAUGGUUCCCGAAUUUGGGUCAGGCGAAUUUCUCAUGGUGGUUGACACAUACUCCAGGUUUUUGUUUGUGGUUGAAAUGCAUCGCAUAACGGCGGACGCAACUAAUUCGGCUCUACAGGACAUUUUCAAGCGCUGGGGAUUGCCACGUGCGAUCCAGAGCGAUAACGGGCCACCUUUCCAAAGUUCAACAUUUUGCAGUUUCUGGCAGGAGAAAGGUGUCAAUGUGCGUAAAUCCAUUCCCUUGAGCCCCCAGUCGAAUGGAAUGGUUGAAAGGUAUAAUCAGCCAAUUAUCAAGACAUUGUCGGCUGCGAAAAUCGAGGGCAAAAAUUGGAGGAAAGCUUUGGAAACAUUUGUGCACAAUCACAAUACGCUAAUUCCGCAUUCACGAUUAAAAGUAACUCCUUUCGAACUUCUCGUCGGUUGGAAGUUUAGAGGUACAUUUCCAAGUCUUUGGUCUAGUUCGAGCGACAAGAAGUUGGACCGUGAACAGAUUCGGGAAAGAGAUACCGAACAAAAGUUCAUCAGCACUAAACACGCGGACCGGGCAAGAGGAGCCACAUCUUCGGACAUUCAGGUCGGUGACACGGUUUUGGUUAAGCAGCAAAAGAAAUCCAAAGUAGAUCCCACAUUUUCUUCCGAACGAUAUACCGUCGUAGCACAAGAAGGAUCAAAGAUGGUAGUUGCAAGUAGCAACGGAAUUCAAUACGCUAGAAGUAUCAACGACCUUAAGAAGGCUCCGUCUCAGGCACCACCUGGCGAUGCAACAGCUCUGAAUUCGGAUCACACCGCAUUAGAUAUCGUGGCAGAAGAGAAACACCUGGAAGAUAAUCGACCGACACUUCGUCGGAGAGCAGCUAUGAAGAAACCGGCAAGAUUCGAUGACUUCGUUUACAGAGUUUUCCAGUGA